ACAAAGCUGGAAUCUUGGAUAAAAGCCACAUUGCCUACUCUUCUUUUCUCUGUCCAAGAGCAAUUUCUGCUCACUCAAACCAGCUACUAAGAGAGAGAGAGAGAACUCUGAAGAUAUUAUUACCCAAAACAAUGGUGCAGAGCUCUGCAAGAACCAGAUGGGUCUCUUUGUUUAUGCUUCUUCUUUCUCAUAUGGCUACUACCAGAGCCCUUGUUGAAGAUGGUCUGCUACCAAACGGCGAUUUUGAGGCAGCCCCAUCGAACGGCUCUCCAAGCGAGAGCCUGGGGGGCGUUACUGAGAUUCCAAGCUGGAAAGUAAAAGGCACCGUUGAGCUAGUCUCAUCAGGGCAAAAACAAGGUGGGAUGAUCCUCAUUGUGCCACAAGGUUCUCACGCCGUUAGAUUAGGCAACGACGCAGAGAUCAGCCAGGAACUGAAUGUGGCAAAGGGGUCCACUUACUCCGUUACGUUUAGUGCGGCGCGCACGUGCGCACAGCUGGAGUCACUAAACGUGUCCGUGCCACCUGCAUCACAGACCAUAGACCUUCAGACCUUGUACAACGUGCAAGGAUGGGACCCUUACUCGUGGGCCUUUGUGGCCCAGGAUGAUACUGUGGAUUUGGUUUUUAGGAAUCCGGGUAUGGAAGAUGACCCCACAUGUGGGCCCAUUAUUGAUGACAUUUCUAUCAAGAAGCUUUUCAGUCCUGAUAAACCCAAAGACAAUGCUGUUGUCAAUGGUGAUAUGGAAGAAGGCCCGUGGAUGUUCAGAAAUGUGUCACUAGGGGUCUUAAUUCCAACCAACCUUGAUGAAGAAACAUCCUCAUUGCCCGGUUGGAUUGUUGAAUCAAACAGGGCUGUCCGCUACAUAGACUCCUACCAUUAUGCAGUCCCACAGGGUAAACGAGCUGUAGAAUUACUCUCGGGGAAGGAAGGUAUCAUCUCUCAAAUGGUUGAAACCUCGGCAAACAAGGAUUACAUCAUGACUUUUUCUUUAGGCCAUGCUGGGGACAAAUGCAAGCAACCUCUUGCAGUUAUGGCCUUUGCCGGAGACCAAGCCCAGAUAGUCCAUUACACGCCCAAUUCCAACUCAACCUUUAACAGUGCCAAUCUGAAUUUCACCUCCAAGGCGGACAGGACACGCAUUGCAUUCUAUAGUGUGUAUUACAAUACAAGAACCGAUGAUUUGAGCUCACUAUGUGGUCCGGUGGUGGAUGAUGUGAGGGUAUGGUUUUCAAGUUCCAUCAGAAAUGUGUUUGGCAGAUUGGGGUUGGGACUUGGGGUUGGAUUUUGGGUAGUUGUUUUUGUUUUGUUUUAGAGUUUGCUUUAAUGUAUUGUUUUAAGUAUGGUCUAAUAGGUUUGACACGGGGAGUGUUGGUAAACCAAAAUCCCAUGUCUACUAUGUUUGUACGUAAGCUUUUGCUUCAUAGUUUUGUUAUGAAAAAAUGAGCUUGCCUUAUCUUAUUGCA